AUGGAAACGGAGCUGGGAUCGGGGCGCAGGAGGAGCAGGAAGUCGCGCAGCUUCAAAGUGGUGCGCGAGCCGGUUUGGCUUGGUGACGACGGCAUGGAGAUCAAACGACAGAUCACCGGAAUGAUGAGGCUGCUGAAUGACAAGAUGUGCCGUCGGUACCGGCGGACCGAUGGGAGCAGAGAGAGCCUGAAGCUCGAGCCCCAGGAUGCGGAGUUGAGCUGGGCGGAGCCGGGGGUCACCGCACAAGAGGACCUCCAACAGAGCACCUGGAGCCUCGAAUCCACACCAAAACCACAGAUGGCCGGGCAGUACGGAACCCGCUCUAGAAUGCUGAGGAUGCUCAAUGACAGCCGGAACUCUGUUAGGUCCAAAGACCGCCCAGCCAGUGUUGUGGACCCGGAUCCGGACCUGGCCUGCUGCACGUGUACCUGCAGGAGCACACUGGAGGCCAUUCUGCAGGAGCUACGUGCCGUGAGGAAGCUCAUGCAGACACAGAGAGAGUCCCACGAGAAGCAGCAAAGAUCUGCAGAUGUCCCCAGGCCUCCUAUUCCGCAGAUGAGGUCACGCAAGAGGCAACCUCUCCACAAGAUGGGACGAGAAACCUUCCCCAGCAGGACAGCCCUUCUCCCAACCAGCACCACACCACAGCCCAGUGGAAGUGGGGUCAGGGCGGCCCGGGAAAGACGUGCCCCUUCACAGACAGAGCAAGGGGGUCAGCCUCCCAGGUCCAUCCCACAACCCCCUAGAGAUGACAGCCUUGCUCGUAACGUCCUGUUAGGGCAGCUGGGGUUGGUCGAGCCUGAAGUCCAGCUGGCCGACGACUAUGACGUGUUCAUCUCCAAGUCUCAGCUGGACUCCAUCCUGGUCAAUUACACGCGCUCCGGCAGCCUGCUCUUCAGGAAGCUGGUGUGUGCGUUCUUCGACGACGCCACGCUGGCCAACUCGCUGCCCAAUGGCAAGCGGAAGAGGGGGCUCAAUGACAACAGAAAGGGCCUGGACCAGAAUAUCGUGGGGGCUAUAAAGGUGUUCACGGAGAAGUACUGCACCGCUAACAGGAUUGAGAAGCUUCCAGGUCCGAGAGACUGGGUUCAGAUCCUUCAGGACCAGAUUAAGCUGGCGAGGAGACGGUUAAAGAGACGGAGCGGAGAUGAGAAAGACUGCCUCUCAUUAAAUAACUAUUUUCUGGUAAAAGUACAGGACACAAGGGCUUUACGCACUUUCAAGCAGCACUAUGAUGGGGGAGCAAAGAUGCAGAGGAUGCCAGAAGAUGUUGAGAACAACUUUGGACAACCUUGA